AUGAAUUCUGAUUUGAAGUGCAGAGAUGAGGAUGGCAAUGAAGAUGAUGUUUUCUUAAUUGUUCUUAUUAAAUCACGUUUGGAAAACUUUGAUCAGAGAAACAUGAUUAGGAGAACGUGGGGAAGACAAUUCGGUACUAAUCAUGUUAACAUCAGAAGAGUUUUUCUACUGGGAGUCAAUCCCAAUAAUAAAAAAUUGCAGCAAAGAAUAGGAAUAGAGCAACAAGAUUAUGACGAUAUUGUGCAACAAUUCUUCAUCGAUCAUUAUUUCAACAAUACGUUAAAAAUGAUCAUGGGCUUCAAAUGGGCUGUCAAUUUCUGCAAGAACGCCAGAUUUGUUGCCUUCUUUGAUGACGACUACUACGUUAACAUGAAGAAGGUGACGGAACUGUUGAAUGCAGUUAAAAAGGAGGACUAUGACAACACGAUUGUUGGAAUGGUGUGGAGGAAUGCUAUGCCAUACAGGAUCAAAAACAACAAGUGGUACGUUUCUUUAGACGAAUAUCCUUACAGGUUCUGGCCUGAUUAUGUGACAGCUGGCUCGUUUUUUGUACCUAUGCCAACUGCAGAAAGAAUCAAUCUGGCUCUGCAGUAUGUUAAGUUGAUAAGGUUUGAUGAUGUGUUUCUGGGAGUUGUUGCAUAUAAGUUAGGGAUCAAGUUGCAACAUAGUAACAAUUUGGUGUAUUAUGAUAUGGCCUACGACAAAUAUAAAUUCAGAAAUAUCAUCGCAGCACAUGGGUUUAAAGAUGUUGAAUUUCUAUAUAAAGUUUGGAAAGAACAGAGAGACAUUGAUGCCAUUUCAUAA